AUGUCGACUUCUUCCAGGCUUGACGCUCUCUAUAAAGGAUCAUUAAAGCGAAUAAAUAAGAAGAACAAUGAUGAUAUAAGAAUGAAAGAAGAAGAAAGAUGGGAGAAAUCGCUUUGUUUCGAGAAUAAACUAGAUGAUUUACAUAAUCCCAGACUAAGUCGGACUUCUGCUGCUCAUUCUGUAGGUAACAUAAGGCUUUAUCCAUCAUCAAUAUUUUCUUCAAUGCCACCGUCAAAAGUUAGAAUAGAUAGAAAUUCCACCGCCAGAAAGAGUAAGACCAUUCCAACAGAAGAGCUUACAAGGGAAGUAAACAAGUUCAAUAUUCAAAGAAGAAAGUCAAAAGAUGAUUCGAUUACAAAAUCAAUGGACAAGAUUCCAUUUCCUAUUACGAAUGAAUUACCAUCUCUCAAAGCAACAUCACCAGUUUCAACUACGAUCAAUGCCCUCGAACGCUUUUUGAUGUAA